AGAUAUAUAUAUAUAUAUACAUUUAAGAUACAAAUAAAGACAAGUAUUUAUGAAAUCUUUUUCUCCAGCUAGCGGCCAUGUCUCCCUCUCUCUCUCUCUCUGAUUGCCAUCACUACUCUCCUCUCUCUUCACCCUAAAUAUUAAGGGCUUAUACUUCACCCUUUGCUGCCCACUCUACCAAUACACCAAAAACCCUUCGCUCCUUUCACAGAUUAGUAGAUAUAUAUUGCUCUCUAAGGAAGAUCAGAGAGCUUGCUGACAAGAAUUCUAGUACUCAGGAAAAAAGGGUCUCUUUCAUCUGUCAGCUGGGAAUGGAGAACAGGUACGGUUUAUACAGCCAAGGAAGCAGUGGGUGGACAUCCUUAAGGAACGAAGAGUUCCACGAGGAAGAUGUUUGGGGAGUGUUCAAGGGGAGAAAUAAGGAUUCCGAUUCCGGGGCCAUCAUCAUGACCUCUUCUUCCAAACAACCCUCUUUCGUUUCCAAACGCCUCCCAACAGCAACCAGAAUGAUCCCGAAAUCCAGCAGCAACAAGAAUGAUCCUGCAGCCGCCUCCCAAGAACCUAAAGUAUUUCAGCACUCCGCUCCUGUAAACAUCCCCGAUUGGUCCAAAAUAUACGGGACCAUCUCCAGAAACAAUACCUCCGGUUCGUGGCUGGAUUCCGAUUCCGGCGGCGAUGGGAAUGGGAAUGGGCGGAGUAGUUGGGAAAGCGAGGACGACGACGACGACGACAACGACAGGGAUGUGAUUCCGCCGCACGAAUGGAUAGCGAGGAAACAGGGCAGAAGCCAAAUAUCGUCGUUUUCAGUGUGUGAAGGGGCUGGAAGGACACUCAAAGGGAGAGAUUUGAGCAGGGUAAGAAAUGCUGUCCUGAGGAAAACGGGAUUUCUUGAAUCAAAACCCGAUUAUUAACUUUUAGCAGUAGAAGUCGUGAAACAUGUGUGUUAAAGCGAUUGUAGUUGUGAUUGUUGCUGUAAAGUGGUCUCUUCUGUACCCAGUCAUUAUUUCUUCCUUUCUUCAGGGAAUUUCGUGCUGUUCUAUUAUCACUACAUUCUUGUAAAUUGAUUGAUGCCUCCUUUACAUUUGAAAGGGAUUUUUUCGUGUGGAAGUGGUGAAGGGCUCUUGUUAGGGCA